UAUGGCUGACACGUUGCAAAACAAACCGGUGAACCAACGAAUUAUACGAGAUAGGCUUGCUGCAUGGGAGUCAAAAACAAAUUCAAAGGCUUCUUUGACGGAUAAACAAAAAGAUUCAAUUAUCGAGUUGACGACAAAGGCUUCAGAAAGAGCAAUACCGGAAGACUUACCAGAAGAUGAAGCACAAUUUGCAUUAUCAAAGAAACAAGAUGUUCCCCAGUCUCCAAGUUACCAUGAAACUAUAACAAAAUUCUUUCAGACAAAUGAGGAUGAUUCCCCAUGCAAGAUAGAAAAUGCUCAGCAGUUUUUAUCCUGGUUUGCAGAACUUGAAAAUGACAUCGAAAAAGAAGAUGAAGACACUUACAGAUGUUACAUAGCUGAGUUACAACAUUAUGAAUCCCAGUGUGAAAGCAUUUUACAAGAAGUUUCUGGAGCUUUGGACUUCCUGAAUGGUUUACAACAUCAGUAUAUAUCUGUGUCUACUAAAACUAAUGCCCUUCAUGAAGCUUGUGAAGAUUUAUUGACAGAACAGACCAGAUUAAUGAACACAGCAGAAAACAUCAGCAAUAAACUAUCAUACUUCAAUGAAUAUGACAGGAUAACUGCAAAACUUGGUUUGCCAUCCUUAACAGUCACCAAUGAAUCCUUUGUGCCAAUGUUAUCACGGCUUGAUGAGUGUAUACUUUAUCUAAAUAAUAAUCCUCGAUAUAAAGAAUCACCUGUAUUUCUAACCAGAUUUAGACAGUGUUUAUCUAAAGCCCUUAAUUUGAUAAAAACUCAUGUAGUCCAGAUUUUACAGAAUGCUACACAGCAAGUCCAGCCAACUAAGGAAUCUCCAAGUAUUGGUGAUAAUGCUUUUACUCUGUUUUAUGGAAAAUUUAGAGCCAAUUCUACAAGAGUCAAGGCAUUAAUGGAGCAGUUAGAAAUCCGUAUAGAUAAAAGUCCUGAGUAUCUUCAGAUUUUAUCUGAUUGUCACCAAUGCUAUUUUAAUCAACGAGAAUUAUUAUUAGGGCCAAGCAUAUCAACAACAAUAACAGAUUUAGCUUCAAAACAUGUUCGUGAUCACUGCACUCUGAUGAGAAGUGGGUGUGCUUUUAUGGUUCAUGUGUGUGAAGAUGAAUAUCAGUUAUAUUUUAAUUUUUUUUCUAAACCAACUUCAUUGUUAGAUGACAUGUUAGAAAGGCUAUGCAGUCACUUGUAUGAUACACUCCGACCACUGAUAAUACACAUCAAUCAUUUAGAAACACUAUCAGAGCUGUGUAGUAUUCUUAAAAUUGAGAUGUUAGAAGAACAUGUGCUCAAUAAUUCACAGGAACUGAAGGCAUUUGAAACAGUUUGCAGGCAGAUGUUGAUGGAUAUCCAGGAAAGAUUUGUUUAUCGUACCUAUAUCUAUAUAAAGUCUGACAUACUCAGUUAUACACCAGCACAAGGUGAUCUGGCUUACCCAGAAAAACUGGAAAUGAUGGAGAGUAUUGCUGAAAGCAUCAAAAAUGAAAGUAAGAAAGGUCAUCAUAGGUCAGGAUCAAAUGCAUCAAGUACAACAGGCCAUUCAAGGUCAGGGUCAACAGUAUCUGCUACUAGUCAGGAGGUGGCUGACAUCACCACGAAUGGUCAAGCCCAAGAAAGCUCCUUCAAAGAAAUUGACAUUUCAUCAGAUUCCGGAAGGACCACACCAAUGACUAUGCCUAUGUCACCAGCUGACCUCCAUGGGAUGUGGUACCCUACAGUCCGUAGAACACUUGUCACUCUUUCCAAACUUUACAGAUGUAUUGAUAGAACAACAUUCCAAGGUCUAUCACAAGAGGCACUACAGUCUUGUAUAGCAUCACUGAAGAUUGCCAAGGAAGGAAUAAUUAAAAGAAAGACUAAAACAGAUGGUCAGCUGUUUUUGAUUAAACAUUUGCUGAUUUUGCGAGAGCAGAUAGCUCCAUUUCAUGCAGAUUUUACUAUUAGAGAGACGUCACUUGAUUUUAGUAAAUUCAAAGAUGCAGCAUAUGGUUUGAUGCACAGCAAGUCGAAACUAUUCCAGUUUAACAGUAACAAUGCAGUUCUACAAUUUAUUUUAGAGGGAACACCACAAGUGACAGAAUAUUUUGUCGAUUCCAAACGUGAUGUCGACCAAGAACUGAAGAAAACUUGUGAGGAAUAUAUACACCAUGUCACCGAGUUGUUCAUUUCACCAUUGCAAAUGUUUUUAUCAAGGGCAAAUGUUGUUAUCAGCAUGAAAAGUGAAGAAAAUAUAAAGAGUGUGUCACUUAGUUCCCAGCCAUUUGCUACGCCUGAAAAAAUCCAUGAUAUUGUGGCAGAGACGUACAAAAAUAUGAAGACUCAGCUGGUCAGUGUACAUAGGAGCAUGGCACUUUACCUGGCUAAUAGGGAUACCGAGGUCAUUCUUUUCAAGCCUGUUAAGGUAAACAUCCAAAACAGCUUUCAGCAACUUUAUAAAAUACUGGAUGAAUAUUAUACAGAGGAAGACCAACAAAUAGUGGCAACUCCAAGUAUUGAGCAGAUAAAUCUCCUGCUUUCAACGUCAGCAAAGAAUUAGAAUUUAUAGUUGAGGGAUUAUGUAACUGUGAUACUGUACUGAUUUAUUUAUAUAUGGAAUUAAUAGUGAGAUUUAUUAUGAGAUGAUUUAUUUAUGUAUGGAGUUAAUAGUGAGGUUUAUUAUGAGAUAUUUCUUUGUUAUCUAAUUCAUGAAUAAAAAGAAUAUAAUGAAAUUUUA